AAUUAUGUUUACGACUGAUUACACGUACCUUUGCUUUACGCUGGGCGACCGCUUUCCCAACUGUGCCCGGAAGUCAACGUAGUUGGCUCGGCGGCAUACCCAUUGCCUGCUCAACCAACUGUAGAGCUAGGUUUUCUUAUUCUGCUUUACACAGACUUAGGGCUAGGCCUGGCACCUGGCAAGCAUGUCUCCACCGGCGUUGCUUCAGAUAUGACUCUCCGGUUGAAGGGAGCAGGCUCACAACAUGUCUUCGGACGACUACACGCAACUCAGGCAGAUUGGGAAAGGCGCCUUUGGCACUGCACAUAUAGUUGAACACAAGGUCACCGGCGAGCGCUCCGUGCUGAAGCGCGUGCGGCUCGCACGCCAGAGCGCAAAGGAGCGCCAAUGCUCCGUCCGUGAGCUGCUGCUCUUAUCGAAUCUCAGGCACCGGAAUGUGCUUGAUUUCAAGGGCUGCUGGGUGGAGGGCGGAUGCAAUCUGUGCCUGCUUGUGGAGCUGUGCGAGAGUGGGGACCUCUUCACACAGAUAAAACUGAGGGCCCAGAGCGGUGUGCACUUCAGCGAGGAGCACCUUCAGGAGAUGGCGGUGCAGCUGCUGUCUGCGGUGGCGUACCUGCACCGCUCCAGCAUCGCGCACCGCGACCUCAAGUCGUCCAACGUCCUCAUCACGGGGGAAGGCUGCCUCAAGAUUGCGGAUUUCGGGUUGUCCACGGUGCUGCAUGACGACGGCGCCGGCCACCUGCUCACAAAGACUGUGGUGGGGACUCCCAACUACAUGUCGCCAUGCGUGCUCCAGGAGAAACCAUAUGGCAUGCCGAAUGACAUCUGGGGCCUGGGCUGCGUGCUAUAUGAGGUGUCCGCACUCAAGCCGGCUUUCCAGGCGUUCAACAUGGCGGGCCUCAUCAAGCGUGUGACCACGGGGGCAGCGCCCGCCAUGCCGUCCUGCUACAGCGAGAAUUGGCGCUCGCUGAUCAAGUCCAUGCUGACUAAGGAGCCGGAGCUGCGCCCCUCCGCCGCUGAGCUGCUGGAACUGGACUGGCUGCAGCCGGCAGUGCGGCGCGUGGCAGAGCGCUUCGGGCCCGAGCUUCCGCCGGGGGCUCCCGACCUGAUCAGCGAGCUGGAGGACCUGCCGGCGGAGAUCAUGGCGCUGUUCGAACAGUUCGCACACCAGGAGCGGGAGGAGAAGCGGCGUGCAGAGGAGGCGCGAGCCAAACGCAAGGCUGCGGUUGCCAAGUGGGACCCCAUGGCACGAGCAGCUGCAGCUGCGGCCGCGGCGGCGACGACGCCGAAGCUGCCGCCGCUGAAACCGCACCAGCCGCGCAAGCCAGCGCCCAAGCCGGCGCGUGGGCCGGGGGCUGUGGGGCCAGUGCCACCACUGCCAAACCGGGCCGCCGCGGGCAGCCCCGUAAACGGCGUGAACCCGGGGGCGGGGACGCCGGCAGCGGCUGCAGCGGGCCGGGUGAUGCGGCGAAAGACGUACCACGGCGAUGGGGAAGCAGCGGCGGCAGCAGCCGCGGCAGCCGGGCCAGGCGCUCGGAUGGCACCAGGCGGCACGCGCACGGCGGCUGCGGCUGCAGCUGGGGCGCAAGGGGGGCGGCCACGCGACGGGGCGGGCGGUGCAGGAAGUGCGAGUGGCAGGUUCGUCCGCCCUCCACCGGUUGUGGCGCAGCCAGAGCCGCUGUCAGCGAGCGGCGGAUCAUUACGCUUGCAGGGUGGUCGCCCCAGCUCCGCGCCACCGGACAGCCCCAUCCGCCGUGCGAUGGGCGCUGCGGCACCCAGCGCCGGCCACGACAGCUCCGAGGGCCCGAACGACGGCGACAGCGACAGCGAGCUCUCAGACACCGAUGACUCCUUUGACCUGACAGAGCUGACGGGCGGCGCGGGCGGCGGCCUUAGGCUGGUCCCAGCGAAGACCAGCGUCGACGGUGCAAGUGGAGGCGGCGCGGGAGGAGGAGGCGGGGCAGGCGGCGGCGUUGGGCGGUCGGAUUGCUCCGUGUCGUCGCAGCAGCACCUGCACGACCUCAGCGGCAGUGACUUCGACCUGUUGGAGCGCGCAGGGCCGUCGCAUACGUCGCAGUCCCCACCGGGGGCAGCAGCGCUCUUGCUUGGCACCCGAAGCGGUCCUGCACCGGGGAAAGGUGCUGUUGGUGGCGGCGGCAGCGGCGGCAGCAGGGCUGGGAGCAGGGGGCCAGGGGCCGUGGCGGCGGAGGACGCAGAUGACGUGUUGGGGCAGUGGGCCACGCCGUCGGGCCAUGACCGGGACGAGCCCGGCGAAGACUUGCAAGACGCAAAGGAGCGGGCGGUGAAGGAGCAGGAGGCGACGUUUCGGCACCUGUUGGAGGUGAGCAGGGCGUCUGUAGACAACCAAACAGCCGUUAAGCCGGCGGCGGUGCAGGCAAGCAGCAGCAAGCGCGUGAGCUCACCGGGGCUGGGUGGCGGUGGCUUUGCAGGCUUUAUCGCCUCCGCGGCUGCUGCUGGUGCCGGUGGCGGUGGGGGCGUGCGCGCCAGCCAUCCAGCACCGGCAGCAGGCACCGGCGUCCAACGGAGCUCGAGUGAGGGGACAGGGCCGCCGCGGCCGCAGUCAUCAGGAGCACCGAGGCCACCUGUGGCGCCGGUGGCAGGAGGAGUAGGAAGCCGGUCGGGGGCGCCAGGAACAGCUGGCGUCACAGCGGGGAGCAAAGCGCCGCGCGUCAGCGGAAGCGGCGUGAAACCGUCACCAGCGCCGCCAGCGGUGCCGCGGCCGCCAUCCGGGGGUCGGGUGCGGACUCACUCACCCGGCACCGAACGCACCACGACGCGCGCUCCUUCCGGCUCAACUGCUCCAGCUGCACGGACUGCCAGCGGGGCGGCACGGUAGCGGCCGACACAGUAUUUUAUUUGCAUCUUGACCAUCUCCCUGAUUGCAGCUGUUUAUGACGUGUGUGUAGUGACGCUUUCCUCGUUUGCUUUUUGGGAUGACGCGUGUGGAGAGACAGUCACAAACAACGGGAUGGAGGCACAGGAUAAAGGGUACUAUGCCAUUUGCAACUUGGUAUCUGACCACGGAGAUGUGGAUACUUACAUGACGGCUACGUGCCGUAUCUGCCGCUUGCAGCAUGAGUGCACUGGCCAGCGCCGCCUUAAGUUUGCAGGGAGGCAUGGACUUGGGCAGCCUUGCGCUGCGAUUGACACAAAGUGACCCAUACAUCGCGGAACGAAUGACCUGUGCAUCCCACGGUAAUCUGCAUAAGAUUAGCAUGGGGCUGUGCAGCGCUGCAGCACAUGGUGUACGGCACAAGGAUGCGGUUGCAUCUGGAUGCACAGUCGCGUUGCAAUGCGUAGCAUACCGUAUAAGGACAACGGGAGGUGGGAGACUGUUAAUAGCUGUUUUCUUGCUGAACCCAACCUGUUCCAUAUGCGUGCUUCAAGCCUUUGGGACUGACUACUUAUUCGCUGGCCCAAGAGAGGAAUAGAGAGGAGGGGCUUGACUGUUGAAUUCAACUACUAUCGUACCGGUAUUAGCGGGAUGUCUGAUGUUCUAUUGCGCCAGUCGAUAUGCGCGUAGGUCGACAGCUGCGCGGCCAUGAUGCAAGCAAGCUCGAUUGUGGUCUGGCUUCGUGCAAUUGAAAGGGAACUGCUGUGCAUCUGGACACGGCCAGGUAGUUUGCAUACCCGCGGCGAGUGGAUGCGUGGGGUGUGGGCGUCGGGGCUCGGGGCUCGGGAGCAA